GAACUCUUUUUGUGGGGAGGUUGUGUUGCAAUCCGGGGAGAGUCCCACGCUGCAUCAUGCCCUGUGUGUUAUAAGAAGCACAUAAGCAGUAAGAGAAAGGGGGACUCUGGAGAGAGCAUGGACACCUCAGUGGACCGGGUCUCGUACACCCAAAGUAACCCUCUGUUUGACAUGUCGCUCAGCAGGACGGAUCUCUAUAGUUUCCAGCCUGACGAUCUGAAGCCUGCGAGGCCCCGAAGACAGUGGUGUUUUUACGUGAUUGUUAUUUACCUCAUCCUGCAGACCGCCCUCAACGCCUUCCUCAUUUAUAAAGUCUUCACGUUGGAGUCUUCGCUGUAUAAACCCCGGUUGGAGAAGCAGACGUCCAAUCACAUUCUGGAUGGAGAUCAGAGCGAUGCAAGCCUCCAAACUCUCAUCCACAACAACACCCAAGAAGCCAAGACCCUGAGGGGCGACCUGAGGGCCCUGCAGAGCCAGGUCAAGAGCCUUUGUGGAGAGGAGGGUCAGCUGGACCGGCUGAGGUCCGACCUGAGCCUGCUCAACACCAGCACCGUCAACCUGGAGGGCAAACUGUCAACCGCCAGCCUCAAACCAGGACUUCCUGGUCCUCCGGGUAGAGAUGGACGUCCAGGAGAGAAAGGUGACGCCGGUGUCGCUGGACCUCCAGGAGAGAAAGGUGACGCCGGACUCAAGGGAGAGCCAGGAAAUGCCGGUCCCAGCGGUCCACCUGGGCCUCGAGGAGAACCUGGGAAUCAGGGACCAGGUGCCAAGGGAGAGAAAGGAGAUCCCGGAGCCCAAGGCCCUCCUGGAGAGAAAGGUGACUCUGGGAUCCCCGGCCAUAUAGGACCUCCUGGUAUUCCCGGGUCUGCAGGACAAAAAGGAGACCCUGGAAGUUCUGGUCCACCGGGACCUCCAGGUGUACCUGGACCUCCUGGUUUCAAUGGAACUCAAGGUCUCCCAGGACCACCGGGUCCAAAAGGAGACAGUGGCGACCGAGAGUUGAAUGUGCGCCUCGUGGGGGGACAGUCCCGCGGGCGAGUGGAGGUGAAGUACAACGGGGUCUGGGGAACCGUGUGUGACGACAGCUUCGACACCGUGGACGGGAAGGUGAUCUGUAGGAUGCUGGGCUUCCAAGUGGCUGUCAGCACCUACACUGCCCCCCCGGGCACUGGUAAGAUCUGGCUGGAUGAUCUGCGGUGCACAGGGAGAGAGACCGACAUCUUCCAAUGCCCGCACGCCGGAUACGGAGUGAACAACUGCCAACACAACGAGGACGUCGGCUUGCAGUGUGUGUAGACUGAAGGCUCAUUGUCAUUAUUAAUGUUGAUUAAUAUGCUGUUUGUUAUUAUCAUCAUCAUAAGAAAACAACAACAACAAUCAACAUUAAUAUCCAGGAUGUAUAAAUAUAAUUAUUAUGUGUUAUCUCAUUAAACAGAUUGAAUGCUAAAGAACAGGCUUUAUUAAAGUGGACAGCUUUAUCGAUCAUUCCCCAGGAAGGAAACAAAUAUAUCUGAGUGUGAAUUAAAGUCAGACAACAUCAGAUACUCUAAACAUGUCUGGUCUUUACCCGGAGAACGGGUAACGCCGCCCUUAUUUGCCCCCCAGCCAGAGGCGAGGACAGUAGCCUGAAAGGAACCGCGAGGUGGUCGGCGUUCAUGAGGAGACGUAUAUGUCACAUAUUAAGCAGCAUGUAAACUUAAAUAUGUCGAAUUAUUUGAGCAGAUUUUUAAUAUUACAGACAUUAAAUCUGAUAAAUUUUGUUCAUUUUGGGGGAUUUGCUUUCAUUCAUACACUUAUUAAAGAUGUUUAAGACUUUAAA